AGGAACAAAGAGGGGGUAACAGGGCUUGCGAAAGUCGGCGACGUUGCUGCGAUUCGUGCGGUUUUUUUACCACUAGCCUUGCUGUUCCCUGAGCCGAGCAGCGGCGUGUGCUGUGUUUGAUCUGAGCAGGCAGCAGCAGCAACAACAGCAGCAGCGUGAGAGAGCGCCACGCCGUGUGAGCCAGCCAGCAUGCACAAACACCACCACUGCUGUAAGUGCCCAGAAUGCUAUGAGGUGACCCGCAUGGCUGCCCUGCGCAGGAUGGAUGCCCCGGCGUACGGAGACUGGCAGCCGGAACCCUACGGAUAUCCGGCUGGCUACGGAGGCGGUCAGACCUUACCGCCACAGACCUCAGGUGGAGGAGCGGGAAUGGGCGGAGGGGGCACGCUGGGGAGAAGUAAAGGAAAAAUGAUGUCCGCCGGGGGUCCUGGAGGCCCCAAUCCCAAGAGCCAAUCCAAGGGUGGUCCCAAGGUGAACGGAAACAACUCGGGAGGGCAAGGAGGAUGGUGGCCGGAAUGCACCUGCUCCAAUCGGGACUGGUAUGACCAGGCGAACCCUCCUCCCAUCAUUGUCAACGCAGAUUCACUGGAUGCAGGCCCUUAUGUGAAUGGGAGUGACGGCAUGUACAAAUAUGAAGAAAUCAUUUUGGAAAGGGGCAACUCUGGGCUUGGCUUCAGUAUUGCUGGAGGGAUUGAUAAUCCACACAUCCCUGAUGAUCCAGGAAUCUUUAUCACUAAGAUCAUCCCUGGAGGUGCAGCAGCCAUGGAUGGAAGACUGGGGGUGAAUGACUGUGUGUUGCGGGUGAAUGAGGUGGAUGUGUCAGAAGUGGUGCACAGCCGGGCUGUGGAGGCUCUGAAGGAGGCAGGGCCUGUGGUUCGGUUGCUGGUGCGCAGGAGACAGGCUCCACCUGAGACCAUCCUGGAGGUCAACCUACUCAAAGGGCCUAAAGGCCUGGGCUUCAGCAUUGCCGGGGGUAUUGGCAACCAGCACAUUCCUGGAGACAACAGCAUCUAUAUCACAAAGAUCAUUGAAGGCGGGGCUGCACAGAAAGAUGGAAGGCUGCAGACAGGCGAUCGUCUCCUGGCUGUGAAUAACAUCGUCCUGCAGGACGUGCGUCAUGAAGAGGCCGUAGCUGCAUUGAAAAACACUUCAGACAUGGUCUAUUUGAAAGUGGCUAAGCCAGGACCUGUACACCUCAAUGACAUGUAUGCUCCUCCGGACUACUCCAGCAGUCUCGCCCUCCCCCCAGCCUUCCCCACCAUGGUGGAUAACCACGUCAGCCACAACUCCAGCAUGGCAUACAUGGGAGCCAUGGAGCCCAAGCCCGUGUACCAGCCUCCGCAGGUCACCCCGUCACGUUACUCCCCAGUGCCACGGCACAUGCUGGGGGAGGACGACUUCACUAGGGCCGAGCCCAUUUACAGUGUCAUCCACAAACAUCUUGGGGAAACCAGCCCUCCCUCCCCCCACCUGUGCAGAGGGGGGUCAGGGGAUGUGGGCUGCGGCCCCGCCCCGCCUGCCCUGUGCCAAAGCCUGGUCCCGUACUCUGGCAGGGAGCCACGGAAGGUCCUUCUGCACAAGGGCUCCACAGGACUGGGCUUUAAUAUUGUGGGCGGGGAGGAUGGAGAAGGAAUUUUCGUCUCUUUCAUCCUGGCGGGUGGGCCGGCUGACCUGAGUGGCGAGCUGAGAAGGGGAGAUCGCAUACUAUCGGUGAAUGGUGUGAACCUGCGCAAUGCCACUCAUGAACAGGCUGCAGCUGCACUGAAGAGAGCUGGGCAGACGGUGACAAUCAUCGCCCAGUACAGGCCAGAAGAGUACAGCCGUUUUGAGUCUAAAAUCCACGACUUGAGGGAGCAGAUGAUGAACAGCAGCAUGAGCUCUGGAUCAGGCUCCCUGCGCACCAGUGAAAAGCGCUCCCUCUAUGUCAGAGCUCUAUUUGACUAUGACCGUACCAGAGACAGCUGCCUGCCCAGCCAGGGCCUGAGCUUCUCUUAUGGUGACAUCCUGCAUGUCAUCAAUGCCUCGGAUGACGAGUGGUGGCAGGCACGGCUGGUCACGCCCCACGGAGAGAGUGAGCAAAUUGGAGUCAUUCCCAGCAAGAAAAGGGUGGAAAAGAAAGAGCGAGCCCGGUUAAAAACAGUCAAGUUCCAUGCUAGGACAGGCAUGAUUGAGUCCAACAGGCCAGUCAAAGUAAAGCGCAAAAAAAGCUUCAACCUUUCACGCAAGUUCCCCUUUUACAAGAGCAAGGAGAAUAUUGUGCAGGAGUUGGUGGAAUCUGAACAGUGCUUGACAUCAAAUACCAGUGACAGUGAGAGCAGCUCAAAAGGGCAAGAGGAUACAAUUCUAUCCUAUGAGCCAGUGACUCGACAAGAGAUCCACUACACAAGGCCUGUUAUCAUCUUGGGUCCAAUGAAGGAUAGGGUAAAUGAUGACUUGAUUUCAGAGUUUCCUCACAAGUUUGGAUCUUGUGUCCCACAUACAACUCGUCCACGGCGAGAAAAUGAAAUGGAUGGACAAGAUUACCACUUUGUGACCUCAAGAGAGCAGAUGGAAAAAGAUAUUCAGGACAACAAGUUUAUUGAAGCGGGGCAGUUCAAUGAGAAUCUGUACGGGACCAGCAUUCUGUCUGUUCGGGCAGUGGCUGAGAGGGGGAAGCACUGCAUCCUGGAUGUGUCUGGGAACGCCAUAAAGCGACUUCAACAAGCACAACUCUAUCCGAUUUCCAUUUUCAUCAAGCCAAAAUCCAUUGAAGCCCUAAUGGAAAUGAAUAAGAGGCAGACAUAUGAGCAAGCCAAUAAAGUCUUUGAUAAGGCAAUGAAACUUGAACAGGAAUUUGGGGAGUAUUUCACAGCCAUAGUCCAGGGUGACUCACUAGAAGAGAUCUACAAUAAAAUCAAACUGAUCAUUGAGGAGCAGUCAGGCCCUUACAUCUGGAUCCCGUCCUCAGAAAAACUCUGAGCUUGCAGCCUCCACUCCUCUGCACAUGUGCGGAGUCCUAUCCCAACCCCAGCCCUGCUCCAUCCUGAGUCCUCUCCUUCCCUUUUUACUGAUAUGUUUCAUAUCAAGUUUUAGUGUCAUCAUUAUGUUACUCUCAAAUGAAAAGAAGUCUUAUCACCAUUACUGUGACUGUGCACACCCCUGCAUGAGUUUCUCAGCAAAUCCAUUCAAGACUGGAAAUGCAGUUCCAAAUGAAUUUUUUGUCAUGUAAAACAAAAAGGGAAAAUGAAUGAAUCCUUUGUGUGUUUGGAUGGACUUGGGAGGGGAAUGCCUCAAGCUAAAAGAGUGGGGCCUGUGAUUUUAAGAAGUUCCUUGGACAUGGAGACUGAAAUGCUGGAACCCUGUAUAUGUUCCUUGUUACAUUAUAAAGAAAUGGAAGAUGCUGAGUAAAGACAAAUGUUUUCUACAAGGACUAAACACAGUUUAAACCUGUUGAAGGUACUGUUUAUGGGGUUAUUGAUCAUGUUUAUAGAAAUUUAGUGGAGAAACUUAGAAACUGGUGAUCUUCAGUAGUCACAUGACAGUUGGCUGCUGCUGCCAGUUGGCGUGGCACAGUUGGUAGAGACGCCAUUAAAGGCAGAACAAAUGGAAAAUGGGUAUGAAUCUAUACAUUUAUAUUACUGAAAUCACAUGGUAAAUAAAAAUCCUAUGGAGCGAUUUUACUACGUAAUAUUAAAUACUACGGUACACAUUUUACACUUCACUAGAAUUGUCUACUUGGAGGGCUGUUAGAGUUCAUUUACUUGUUUUUGUGUUCUCUCUUUCUUGUGGUUUUUAGCUGCUCUGUAUUAAAGAUGAAGGUAGAGGGGUGUAACUGGGCUCUCUGCAGAACACCAAACUGCCUUAUGAUUAAUAAAAAUUCUGUGGAAUUUCAGUCAUUUUGGGGGGACGCUACAAAUUACUCAACUGAUCAGUGCUUAAUGGAAGACUCAAACGGUUUAGUGUUCUUUGAGUUUCUACUUAUUGGAGGCCUAACUUGUGAGUGCAAUAGACUUAAGUGUCUUACCUCUUUGAAAUCCUUUUUUCCUCAUUACUUUUGUCUUAAGUGACUGAUUUCUGAAUUCUGAUUUUGGCAGCCAAGGCUCCCCUGAAGUUGUUGAGCAGCAGACAGCCCAUUUGCACUUUCUCUGCCUUCCAAGACUCUUCUCUUCAGACUGAACGGCAACAUGGUACUGUCCUGUAAGCUGCUUGACCAGGCAGCCUUAAAACGGGUAGAAUCAAGACAAUAAUUGUAUUGGAUGUUCUUCUCAAUAUUAAAGAGUCGGUAGAGCCUGAAUAGGCCUAAUUUCCCCAGAACUCAAAGAUGUUUUGAUUAAAUCCUGUCAUUUGUAAUUGUUUUAAAUACUUUUUUUUAUUUUCUAUUUUGGGCUGACGUUACUCUGCUGUGUUGAACCUUGUGCCAGGAGUGAGCUUGGUAAGCUCAGGAAUCUGAUGUUUGGAUAUAAUCCAUGGAAGUAAUCACAUGGCGAUGGGAAAAUGGUUCCCGUCAAUAGAAUAUUCACGCAAAAGAGAUGAAAAUAUUCUUCACUGAGCACCUAGACAAGCUAACAUAAAUACGUAGGUAUUUGCAAGAUUUCCUCUCCGUUUUGACAUACGUUGUGAGCACUGUACCUGUGGUGACCCUCCUGUGCACGUUCUGAUUCAGAAGAGGAAAGGCCCACCUGCAGUGCUGAGCUUUACCACUGUUGAGGCUCUGUACGAUGUGUAAGGAGAGACUGUGCUGACUCACUCAUACAGGAUUACUGUGGUCCCCCAAAACCUCCAAGAUGACAUUUUUCCCCUUUUCACUCUGAAGACGAUGAAAGUUUAAGAAUCGUGGAGGUACAAGAACCAGACCAGCAUUUUCUUGCCCACCGGAAGUGAAAUUGCUGUGCCCUCUACACCCCAGCUCCUGUUUCUGCAGGCAUUUUCUGAGCAGGUGUGCGCACCUGCCAGACAUCUCCACUAAACCAGCUGUCAUACCUGUGUCAAAACCAGAGUUCAGGGAAUAAUCGAAGGGAACAGAGCCAUUUAUAAACUGCUUACAGACUGUUUCAAAGGGUGUGAUAGCUGUAAAAUGUAAAUAUCCCCCUCACUUGUGCUUCAUGCAUGUGUGAAACAACUGGGACAAUGUUUUAUAAAUCACAAAUGUCAGGUAAGUAAACUUUGAAUUAUUCUGAGAUUAAUUUCCAUACAAAUGUGCCGUAAUGUGGGUAUUUCUCUAUAGACAAAAAUCUUCAGCUGCCUAUCACAACACAUUUUCUAGUCAGUUGGGAAUCGACUUCCCUAAACUAGGGCCUGUCUAUUUGUGAUAUCUUGUGGAACUUGUCUGAGUGUAUAGAUGAAAAAUUGUAAAAAGUAAUAUAAAUAUAUAUAUACACACAUAUUUAUAUAAAUAUAUAAAUCAAGAGAUGCAUACAGCAACUUGUAGGGAGAAGAAGUAAACCAGGAGCAUAACUAACUCAUUUAGUGUAGAACUGGUCCUCUCUGGUGUCAAGUGGGAAAAAAAAAACAGCUGACUGUUAAUGUGUCUGGUGUCAGUCAGCCAUGUCAGUAAAGCCCAAAGAAUUUUCAUUCAUUGUACUCUUUCUAUUGAGAUUGCUGAAUCCUCCACUGAUUCUGAAUGAUCCUGCGUGUACUGAGGAGGGUGUCAAUCUUUGCUCCAGAGAAGAGAUUUAAAUAAACUUGUUAAGGGUGGGGCACAAGGAUUCUGGUUUGUCUUUUUGGGUGAUGAUUAGUUAUUGAUGUGAAAGCACAUGUGCAGUAAGUGCUUGCAAGUAUGAAUUGAUUGUACAGUGGUGUCCUCCCUGUGAAUACAAAUGAUAGAACCUAUCAGGACACAAGGAAAACAAGUCUUCAAGUAUCCUGGUCAGGAGGGAACAGUCCUAGAUUUUUUUUUUUUUUUAAUUAUUUUAUUUAUUUUUCCCCUUUCUUUUUUUUGGACUGGACAAGAGUUUAUUUGUUUGGAAAUAAUAAAAUAUGUGGUUCUGUUCAGA